AUGCCAGCGAUGCAGCAGCGGAGGCGCUGCUUGGGGCAACAACCUUCGCAAGGUCUACACUUUCGAAACUGUACAAGAGUUUUGGUGUUUAUACGAUCACCUAAAUGGGAAGAUCCAGAGUGUGCUAGUGGGGGAAAAUGGACAGUUACUAGUAGCAAUGUUUUUAAAGCUCAAACUGAGCAUUGGAAGAAAGUGGAACGAAAUUAUAGACGUGUGACAGAUAAGAUUAUCUACAACUUCCAUGAUGAUUCCGAGACAAGAACAUCAAAAUUAAGGUCGGUACAAUGUGUAAAUUCAUGCAAUAUAAGUGACUUCGUAGAUACUAUUUACUACUUACUAUCGUAUCGUAUGUUCAAUUUUGAAGUUGACAUAUGUUAUUAUUUUUCCAAUUCUGAAAGCCAUUCCUCAAAUCAUGAUUACCAACCAACAUAUUAA